AUGUUAUUUGGAGAAUGUUUUCUUGAUUUGUUACUGUUUUAUCUUUUUGUACACAGGAGAUUAAAUGUUCGAGUGAAUAUUGAGCUACUGUCCAUUUCUAAUCCUGUUCAUAAAAAGGAUUUAGCUGUUCGAUUGACUGAUGAUACUGAUCCUUUUUUCCUUUAUAACCUUGUCAUAUCUGAAGAAGAUUUUCAAAGUUUAAAAUCCCAGCAAGGUCUCUUGGUAGACUUCUCUGCUUUCCCGCAAAAAUUUAUAGAUCUGCUUCAGCAGUGCAUUCAGGAACAGAACAAAGAUAUCCCAAGGUUUUUGCUGCAGUUAGUUUCUUCAGCAUCUGUUCUAGAUCACACACCUGUCUCUUUAAAUGUAGUGGAGACCAACCCUUUUAAACAUCUUACCCAUCUCUCUCUAAAAUUCCUACCAGGAAAUGAUGCAGAAAUAAAGAAGUUCUUAGCCAGCUGUUUGAAAUGCCUUAAGGAAGACAAAAUUAUGUUGGAAGAAAAGCUUAGAAAAACUGAAGAGGAUCUUACCAGACAACUGGGCUACACUCAACAGAGCUUGUCAGAGAAGAGCCGAGAACUAGACAAACUGAAAAAUGAAUGGACAUCAUACACUACAGCUCUAACAAACAAACACACACAGGAGCUGGCAAAUGAAAAGGAAAGAGCUCUUCAGGCACAAGCUCAGUACCAACAACAGCAUGAACAACAGAAAAAGGAAUUAGAAAAUUUGCAUCAGAAAAGUAUUCAACAGUUGCAGAACAGACUCUCGGAACUUGAGGUCAUCAAUAAAGAUCUGACAGAAAGGAGAUACAAAGGAGACUCAACAGUCAGAGAACUGAAAGCCAAACUUUCUGGAAUAGAAGAUGAAUGUCAAAGAGCAAAGCAGGAGGUGCUGUCACUGCGUCGGGAGAAUGCUACUCUGGAUGCUGAAUGUCAUGAAAAAGAGAAAGUCAUUAAUCAGCUACAGACCCGGGUUGCUGUUUUGGAACAAGAAAUCAAAGAUAAAGAUCAGCUAAUUAUUAGAACAAAAGAAGUAUUAGAUGCAACACAAGAACAAAAGGUGAUACUGGAAGAGAUUACAGAGAAAAAACAAAUUCAUGUUGAAAAACUAGAGACAACAAUUAAGUCACUGUCAGCUGAACUUCUUAAGGCUAAUGACAUUAUCAAGAAGUUACAAGGAGAUUUGAAAACUCUAAUGAGUAAACUAAAAUUGAAAAAUACAGUAACAAUUCAACAGGAAAAACUUCUGGCUGAAAAAGAAGAGAGGCUUCAAAAAGAGCAGAGAGAAUUGCAGGAGAUGGGACAAUCUCUUCGAAUGAAAGAGCAGGAGGUUUGCAAGCUACAGGAACAGCUGGAAACUACAGUACAAAAACUAGAGGAAAGUAAGCAGUUACUGAAAACCAAUGAAAAUGUAAUCACAUGGUUAAACAAACAGCUGAAUGAAGUUCAGAUGGCCAAGAAGCUAGAGACUUCUGGCAGCACACACGGUGGUGGUAGGACUGCCAUUUCAGCUCAUGGCAUGCCUGACCGACCAUCCUUUCCCAGCUCAGGACUCAAUUAUCCCAUUUCUCCUCUGUAUGCCUUCCAGCACUUUCCGGAACCAGGACACACCAAAACUGUCAGUCCACAAUGUCCAGUACCAAAGGUUCAGUUUAACACACAGCUUUCUAAAGUGAAUCGAUGUUCAGAUAUUCAGAUAGUGACUGCUGCAACUAGUCUUCCAGCAAAUAAGGAGAAUGGUGAAAAUUUGGGACUGGAAUCAAAGUAUUUUAAGAAAAAAGAUGACAGCAUUCCUUUACGAGGGCUUAGUCAAAAUACACUUAACUUGGAGUAUCUGAAACCACACUUUCCAACAAAAGCCCAGUCGUCACCAAAAACUGCAGUAACACCAGCCUCAGCUUACUUUCCUGGAUAG